CACAAGACCGGGUUCGUGGAGCAGAGUGUGUUGAGACCGCAGGGCUGUAGGUCCACAUUUUGUGUUAUGUAGCGUCUCCGAGGCAGAAGUGGCGCCAUGGCCGCCGAGAAUCAACGCUUACAGGGUUUCUGGAGGGGAACGGGCGACGUUUUUCCUUAACUUUCUCCUAGUUAUCACAGCGGAAGAAUAAAGCACUCGGAGGCUGUAGUCAUAUCAGCGGGAGGCAUUGUCUGGGCGUGCGUGGCGGCUGUUGUCUGUCUGGGUAGCUCAGCCGCACAUCUCCAGCCUCGUUAGCAAGCUAGCAAGUCAAUAUAAUAGUGUGCUCACGUCGACGCUGAGCUAGCAGAACUGCUAGCUUGGCCGGUUUUUUCGGUGGGAGCUGGUGUCGUAGGUGAUGUUGUCCGUGCUGUCGUACGGUAGACUGGUUGCCAGAGCUGUCAUCGGCGGACUUUCUCAGACAGACAGCCGUGACUACAGUCUGGUGACAGCGAGCUGCGGUUUUGGAAAGGAUUUCCGCAGAGGCAUCCUGAAGAAAGGGAUGUGCUAUGGGGACGACGCGUGUUUCAUUGCCCGACACAGAUCUGCCGAUGUUUUGGGUGUGGCGGAUGGUGUAGGUGGUUGGAGGGACUAUGGCGUGGACCCGUCACAGUUUUCGGGUACACUGAUGAAGACAUGUGAGAGGUUGGUGAAGGAAGGACGCUUUGUACCCAGCAACCCGGUGGGAGUCCUCACAACCAGCUACUAUGAGCUACUGCAGAACAAAGUGCCACUACUGGGAAGCAGCACGGCCUGCAUUGUGAUUUUGGACCGGCAGAGUCAUCGGCUGCACACGGCCAACCUGGGAGACUCGGGCUUCCUGGUGGUCCGGGGAGGGGAGGUGGUCCACCGCUCAGAUGAGCAGCAGCACUACUUCAACACCCCCUUCCAGCUGUCCAUUGCUCCUCCGGGGGCUGAGGGGGCCGUCCUCAGUGACAGCCCUGACGCUGCAGACAGCACCUCCUUUGACGUACAACUGGGCGACAUCAUCCUCACUGCCACUGAUGGGCUCUUUGACAACAUGCCAGACUACAUGAUACUGCAAGAGCUGAAGAAACUCAAGAACACAAACUAUGAGAGCAUUCAGCAGACGGCCCGCAGCAUCGCAGAGCAGGCGCAUGUGUUGGCCUAUGACCCCAACUACAUGUCACCUUUCGCACAGUUUGCCUGUGACAAUGGACUGAAUGUAAGAGGAGGAAAACCAGAUGACAUCACAGUACUGCUCUCCAUAGUGGCUGAGUACACUGACUAGAGUCUGCACGGAGUAUCCAUCUGCCGCUGCAGGUGAUGGACUGCUUUGAUUCCUGCUGGCCAGGAUGUACAGCUAAUGUCUGCUUCCCCCACACCUAAAGGAUCUACUCUGCCUCAUCCACCCACCGUCUCCCCCACUUGGCCAACCCCACACAUUUAAAAACAAACAAAAGAAAUCCUUCAACAUGCCCUUUUCUCUGUCGUUUUCUACAUCAGACAGUGGCCAGAUAAAUCCAACUAAAGGCCAGACACCCUGUUGGCCAGGCUGCAGUGUUCCAAUGCUCACCAGAUAAUCCCAUUGGCUGGGAUCAUUGGGCAUGCUGAUGAGGAUAAGUCAGCCUCUUCUGAUAGUUGCCGCAGGAAAGAAGCUGCAAUUCAGAGAAGACGGAUGCUGACAUAGCCCAAGAGUAUGUGUUAGAGUGUGAAUGUGGCCACGUACUGGCCUGCCGAACAGAACUAAACAGUCCUCAAGAAGGGAAGCGCACGAGAAAUGGCAGCAUUAAGGCUCAAUAAAUGGGUCUGUCUUGUGCAAGCACUUAAUAAUACAGUGGUACUUAGGAAGCCUUUAUGAAAGGGACUGGAAACUUGUACGACAGGGCAGGGAGCAUAUGUUUGAUAUGAAUGGUAUGCUGUUCUGGGAUGUUACAUUAAAUGUUUGCAAAAAAAGAAACAAAACAAGUGUGAUGUGACAUGGGUAUAGCAGGAUAAUCCAACAAGAUUUCAUAAAGAGUGGCAGCUGCCUUUUCCAUACCAGUUCAAGUAUUGCACAUAUUUUGUAACUUAAGAGUAUUUUGUAGCUCAAAAGCCUCUCAAGAUAAAUAUAUAUAUAUAUAUAGUAUAAAUGAUAGUGUCAAACUGAUGUUCUCCCUUUAAUCUCACAGCUGCUGCUGAAGUCUUGAUUGUGAUUAUGUGUGAUGUGUGUAUGAAUGGGUGAUGAAUGCACAUGAGCUCCUCAGUGUGUGUCUAUUGAGUAAUGUGCAAUUGGUGUCAAUGAAAUGGAUGUGUAGGCUAGAGACUUCUCCAUAUCCGCCGGUCUGAAUUGGUCUCGCAGCCUUAAACGCACAAAGCUUAAGGAGCAUAUCUGAAAAAGUUCAACGCAGCGGAAAUUGGUCAGGUGACCAAAUGUAUUUUUGUAACCUCUUUGUUCCGUGGGGAUUGUUCGCCGCGUCAAGUAGCUUACAGAAACUCUUGUUCACAGUCACCAUUUGCUUUUCCUGUCUCUCUCCCUCCUCUCCCCCUGCUUGUAGAGCUCCAGUGGCACAUUCUUAAGUCAUGUCACUGCAGGUUUCAUGUGAAAAAUGGUCAGUAUGUUUCUUUGCGUCACUACAGGAAGAUCUCACGGUAAAAUCCACAUUUUUGUGUAAUAUUAAAAUGUGCCUUGUAUCAUGUGUCAUUGAUACUGGCAAAUAAGUCUUCAACCUUCCCCCUAAAAAUGUGCCAGCACUGAGCACAAAGCAUUAAACUGUUAAGUAGCCAUAAGAGUUAGAAAAAGAGAGCUUUCCCAUCAUGCCCUGCUGUCUUAACACCAUCAUUUUAACGCCAGUGUUUUGUUUUGUUUUUUUUAUCCCCCCUCCCCCUUUCUCCUGAAAUCUGCUUCCUCUCUGCACUCAAUCAGGAAUAGUACUAAAGCCAUCCCACACUUAGAAAAUCCUUCCCGUGGAUCUUUAGAUCACUGUUUACAAUCUGCACUAAUCGAAAGGAUAGUUUCCUUAAUGUGACACCCUGUCAGGUGUCAUGUUGAAAUGAGAACAGAUUCAGGACGGUGAACAGUGUGAGUUGGCAAAAUGUGAUAUGAUUUUUUUUUUCUAAGUGUUACAGCACUGAGGACAAUCCAAGCAGCCUUAACAAAAAUGAUAAAGCACUUCUCCCAGUCAUUUGGCUCUACCACUGUAAGCUCCAUGGUCCCUGCUUCCUGUUUCACACCUCCCUGGAUGACUCCUUUUCAUCCACCUCAUCUUUCUGUUUAAACCAGAGCAUGUCUAUGUGGAAGAAACAAAAACAUUUUCACAUGUGUACAAUGUUUAAAUAAAGACUAUAAUAUUUAUUAA